AUGACUCCGGCGGCCUCUAACGACUACCUCACUUUACAAAGCAAGCUAAGGGCUACGGCACGAAGUCUACAAAAGUGGAGUGAUCGUUGGAUUGGCAACGUGAAGCUUCAAAUUGCCAUUGCCAUAGAGGUCAUUAAGCAGCUGGAUAUUGCUAUGGAGGCAAGGACUCUAUCGGAUGCAGAGAGGGAUUUGCGCAAGUGUUUAAAGAGGAAGCUUUUGGGUUUGAGCUCGUUGGAGCGAACAAUUGCUAGGCAGAGGUCUAGAAUGUUGCAACUACGGGAGGGCGACGGGAACACGAGGUUGUUCCAUCAACAAGCAAGUCAUAGGCAAAGAAAGAAUGUCUUGAGGAUGGUCAAGUACAACGAUCAACUAUACUCCGGCCAGGAUGAGGUGGCUUCGGCGGUGGAUGCUUAUUUUGGUGCGGCAUUCAGGAGUGCAUGCCCUUGUGGAUUUGCGCUCAACCUGGAAGAGCUGGGCCUUCCACGCCUAAACCUAGCGCAUCUUGAGCGGCCGUUUAUGGAGGAGGAGGUGGAAGGAGUGAUCAAGUCGAUGCCUCGGGAUAAAGCGCCGGGUCCUGAUGGUUUUACGGGCAGAUUCUAUGCUACUUGCUGGAGUAUAAUCAAGGAGGAUUUCAUGAGAGCGAUGGGCUGCUUCUACAAUGGUGACAUGAGGGGUUUGGCGGCCAUCAACAAGUCCUUGGUCUCUCUUUUACCCAAGAAAGAUGGUGCCCUGGAGGACCGCUGGCUUGACGGCAGCAGGAUUCAGGAGGUUGCACCGCUCCUCUACAGCUUGGUUCCAAAGCGCAUCAGAGACUCCCGGUUAGUUGCACCGGCGGUGGAGAAUGGGAGUUGGGCAUUGGACGUUGGCCCGGGCAUUGGACCUGCUGUGUUGCACGAGUUCUUUUUGGUAUGGCAACUAGUCUCAGCUUGGGAGCCCAUGGUGGAUGUGCCUGACAGGGUGGUUUGGUCGUGGGAGGCCACCGGAUAG